AUGUUCCUGUGGAAGGCUGCUCACAAUAUCAUCCUGGUAAGAGCUAAUUUGAAAAAAAAGAGAUUAUUGACUAAUAAUGUUUGUCCGAUCUGUUUACAAGAGGAAGAGACCGAAGAGCAUACUCUCUUGCUCUGCGAAUGGACUAGAGCAGUGUGGUUCGACUCACAAUCACAAUGUACACCAACAAACAAAAAUGUCAGAUCGGUGGGUGAAUGGUUGCAACAAAUGUACAUGAAGUGUAAAAAAGCCAGCAGACCGGAAACAGACCAGAAUUGGAGUAAAAUAGGCAUCACUAUGUGGACAAUUUGGAAGGCAAGGAACAACCACGUGUACAAUAACAUAGAGCCUAAUCCAGAGUCUACCAUCAAUCAUGUAAGAAUAAUAGAAAAAGAGUACAAUAGUCUAAUAAAAGAAAACAAAUCCAAAGUCAGAGAGAACAACAAAGGGAGGCCAAAACCUGUCAUUUGGAGACCCCCUCCUCAUAGCUGGCUUAAGAUAAACUCUGAUGCUUCGUUUUCCUCUAGAACCAAGUCAGGGGCAACAGCUUCAGUGAUCAGAGACCAUACAUGA